CGAGCGGAGCCCAGGAGAGGAGAGAGAGAGAGAGCCUGAGCGAGAGACGGGGAAGCAAGAAGGAAGAAGCCACCGGCGCGUCCGGACAAGAACGCAGGUGUUCCGAGCACCCGAGCUGGAGCUCCGCAGCCGCCAGACAUGUACCGCUCCACCAAGGGCGCCUCCAAGGCGCGCCGCGACCAGAUCAACGCCGAGAUCCGGAACCUCAAGGAGCUGCUGCCACUGGCCAAAGCGGACAAGGUCCGGCUGUCCUACCUGCACAUUAUGAGCCUUGCCUGCAUUUACACUCGAAAAGGAGUCUUCUUCGCUGGAGGCACUCCUCUGGCGGGCCCCACGGGGCUUCUCUCAGCUCAGGAGCUUGAAGAUAUCGUGGCUGCACUCCCCGGCUUCCUGCUUGUGUUCACAGCUGAAGGGAAGUUGCUAUACCUGUCUGAGAGUGUGAGCGAGCAUCUGGGCCACUCCAUGGUGGACUUGGUUGCCCAGGGUGACAGCAUCUACGACAUCAUUGACCCAGCUGACCACCUCACUGUGCGCCAGCAACUCACCCUGCCCUCUGCUCUAGACACUGAUCGCCUCUUCCGCUGUCGCUUCAACACCUCCAAGUCCCUCAGGCGCCAGAGUGCAGGCAACAAACUGGUGCUUAUCCGAGGCCGAUUCCACGCUCACCCACCAGGAGCCUACUGGGCAGGAAAUCCUGUGUUCACAGCUUUUUGUGCCCCACUGGAGCCAAGACCCCGUCCUGGCCCUGGCCCUGGCCCUGGCCCUGGCCCUGCCUCACUCUUCCUGGCUAUGUUCCAGAGUCGUCAUGCUAAGGACCUGGCCCUACUGGACAUCUCUGAGAGUGUCCUAAUCUACCUGGGCUUUGAGCGCAGUGAACUGCUUUGUAAAUCAUGGUAUGGACUGCUGCACCCUGAGGACCUGGCCCACGCUUCUGCUCAACACUACCGCCUGUUGGCUGAAAGUGGAGAUAUUCAGGCAGAGAUGGUGGUGAGACUGCAAGCCAAGCCUGGAGGCUGGACAUGGAUUUACUGCCUCUUAUACUCAGAAGGUCCAGAGGGCCCCAUUACUGCCAAUAACUACCCAAUCAGUGAGAAGGAAGCCUGGAGCCUCCGCCAGCAGCUGAACUCUGAAGACACCCAGGCAGCUUAUGUCCUGGGCACCCCAACCUUGCUGCCCUCAUUUGCUGAGCAGGAACAGUGCUCCAGCUCUAACCCACUCUUCACCCCAGCCAUGGGGGCUCCAAGAAGCACCAAUUUCCCCAGUGCUCCUGAACUGAGUGUUGUCUCAGCACCUGAAGAUCUUCCCCGACCCCCUAAAGAACUGGACUUCAGUUACCUGACAUUCCCUUCUGGGCCUGAGCCUUCUCUCCAAGCAGACCUGAGCAAGGACCUUGUGUGCACCCCUCCCUACACACCCCACCAGCCAGGAGGCUGUGCCUUCCUUUUCAGCCUCCAUGAGCCCUUCCAGACCCACUUGCCUGCCCCAUCCAGUUCUCUCCAAGAACAGCUGACUCCGAGCACCGCGACCUUCUCUGACCAGUUGACACCCAGCAGUGCAACCUUCCCAGAUCCACUAAUCAGCCCUCUACAAGGCCAGCUGACUGAAACUUCAGCCAGAAGCUAUGAAGAACAGUUGACUCCUUGUACUUCCACCUUUCCAGACCAGCUGCUUCCCAGCACUGCCACCUUCGCAGAGCCUCUGGGCAGCCCUGCCCAUGAGCAGCUGACUCCUCCCAGCACAGCAUUCCAAGCACACCUCAAUAGCCCCAGCCAAACUUUCCCAGAGCAGCUGAGCCCCAAUCCCACCAAGACUUACUUUGCUCAGGAGGGAUGCAGUUUUCUCUAUGAGAAGUUGCCCCCAAGUCCUAGCAGCCCUGGUAAUGGGGACUGCACACUCCUGGCCCUAGCCCAACUCCGGGGGCCCCUCUCUGUGGACGUCCCCCUGGUGCCCGAAGGCCUGCUCACACCUGAGGCCUCUCCAGUCAAGCAGAGUUUCUUCCACUACUCUGAGAAGGAGCAGAAUGAGAUAGAUCGUCUUAUUCAGCAGAUUAGCCAAUUGGCUCAGGGUAUGGACAGGCCCUUCUCAGCUGAGGCUGGCACUGGUGGGCUGGAACCACUUGGAGGGCUGGAACCCCUGGACUCCAACCUGUCCCUGUCAGGGGCUGGUCCUCCUGUGCUCAGCCUGGAACUGAAACCCUGGAAAUGCCAGGAGCUGGACUUCCUGGCUGACCCUGAUAACAUAUUCCUGGAAGAGACGCCCGUGGAAGACAUCUUCAUGGAUCUCUCUACCCCAGACCCCAAUGGGGAAUGGGGCUCAGGGGAUCCUGAGACAGAGGGCCCAGGAGGGGCCCCAUCGCCUUGCAACAACCUGUCCCCAGAAGACCAUAGCUUCCUGGAGGACCUGGCCACAUACGAAACCGCCUUUGAGACAGGUGUCUCAACAUUCCCCUACGAUGGGUUUACUGAUGAGUUGCAUCAACUCCAGAGCCAAGUUCAAGACAGCUUCCAUGAAGAUGGAAGUGGAGGGGAACCAGCGUUUUGAAUAAGUCUGUGACUUAACGUCGUCAAGUAUGGCAUAUUGUCAUCAAGACGUGGAGCCGCUCUCCACCCCCCCGGGACUGUUGGGGGGAUUCUGAGGGCUAGA